GGGUCGUCUUAGUCAGCAGCUGAGAAUGACGCAGGCAAGGCGUGGGACUGCACUCUCACUUUGCUUUCACUUGACACCAUGUUGUCCAUCGCAAAAUCUGCUCUACGGCCCUCUCUGGCUCGCGCAUUUGCCGCUCCUGCUACCAGCGCAUCUCUCCACACUCUUCCGGACCUGCCUUAUGCUUACAAUGCUCUUGAGCCAUACAUCUCCGAGGCAAUUAUGAAGCUUCAUCAUACUAAGCAUCACCAGACUUAUGUCAAUGGACUUAAUGCUGCGGAGCAAUCGUAUGCCCAGUCACCCUCCGUCCGGGAGAAGCUUGCCCUACAGUCGGCACUGAAAUUCAACGGCGGCGGACACAUCAAUCAUUCGCUGUUCUGGAAGAAUCUUUCGCCCGCCAAUGUUGACGGUGGCAAGCUUGCCGACGGUCCUCUGAAAAAAGCCAUUGAACGUGACUUCGGAUCUGUGGAAGAAUUCAAGAAAAGGUUCAAUGCUGCAACCGCAGCUAUUCAGGGCAGUGGGUGGGGAUGGCUCGGAUUCGACUCUACCACAAAAAUGCUCGACAUCGUUACGACCGCCAACCAAGAUCCUUUACUUUCUCAUACACCUAUUAUCGGCGUUGACAUUUGGGAGCACGCUUUCUACUUACAGUACCAAAAUGUCAAGGCAGAUUACCUCACUGCAGUUUGGAACGUCAUCAACUUCAAAGAGGCAGAGAAAAGGUUGGUCGAGGCUACCAAGUAGUUCACUUGGUCUUUUUUGCGUCGUUGCAUAGUAAAAUUGUGUCACGCAAUGUGAUGUUCUUCUCAUUCUUGAAAUACACGUUGGAGCUGCAAGUUGAAAUGUUGUCCUCUAACGAAAUUCAACUACUUCAAGAUCUGAUGGGACACGUUAUAUGUUGAUGGGUUCUCUGCUAGAAGAGUACUUAUUUCAGGUGUAUUCCGUGACUGUCACGCG